AUGAGCAGCCUCAUUGGCAAGGAGGCUCUUCUCCAAGCAGUUAGUGUGGGUUCCCAGUUCCUUCUUCCAUCCCGUGCUCUGUGGACCUUGGUGUUCAAGCUGUGGGAGUCAGGGGAAGAGCUUGCGGUUUGUGCCUUUUCGAAGGCUGAAAUCGUGACAGGUCCAGAAACUGACACCCAAUUCCAUUUCACUGGUAUCAAAAAAUAUUUCAACUCUUAUACUCUCACAGGGAGAAUGAACUGUGUACUGGCCACGUAUAAAGGCAUUGCUUGGAUAGUCUUAUACUUCAAGUUAAGGUCCAAAAAAACUCCAGCUGUGAAAGCCACAUAAAUGGAUUCUAAACUGUACCUCAUCUCCUAAGUGCUCAUGCCUGGAGAAACUAAUGUCAGCUCAUCAUGUGAUACUAAAUUUGUACAAUAAAUUAUGAAC